UUGCAUUAAAACAUAGUGACUUCCCCUGAAGGAGGAAAGAAGAUCACUAGUCCAGCAGUCGAUAACAUGUCUGAGGACACUCGAAUGGAUGAUGAUGUCAGCACACCUCAAGCUCCAUCCACGAGCGAUAAGCCAGCAACAGACCCCAGUGCAGACCCCGGAAAGGUGGAAUAUCAAGAAGACUCCAAGAAGAGCGAAGGAGAAGAAGGGAGAAAGAACAGUGUUCCAUUUUACAAGCUCUUCUCAUUUGCGGACACCACGGACUUCGUUUUGAUGGCUGUGGGCGUGGUCGCAGCUGUUGGGAAUGGGAUCGCUGCACCCCUCAUGACUGUUGUCUUUGGUCAGAUGGUUAACUCUUUUGGGGAAAACACAGACACUGAAAAAAUGGUUCAUGCAAUUUCCAAGGUAUCCUUGAGAUUUGUUUACUUGGGUGUGGGGGCCGGCGUGGCUUCAUUCUUCCAGGUGGCUUGUUGGGUGGUCACUGGGGAAAGGCAGGCGGCCCGAAUAAGGAAUUUAUACCUGAAAACCAUACUAAGACAAGACAUUGCAUUCUUUGAUAAGGAAACAAAUGCAGGAGAAGUUGUUGGGAGGAUGUCGGGAGAUACGGUUCUUAUUCAAGAUGCCAUGGGUGAGAAGGUUGGUAAGUUCCUACAGCUUAUAUCGACAUUCAUAGGAGGCUUUGUGAUAGCAUUUAUCCAAGGAUGGCUUCUUACCAUUGUUAUGCUAUCAGCUAUUCCUCUUCUUGUGAUUUCUGGUGCACUCGUUUCUAUUAUUAUAACAAAGAUGGCUUCCCGUGGGCAAACAGCGUACUCAGAAGCAGCAGUGGUUGUAGAACAGACAAUCGGAUCAAUUAGAACGGUUGCAUCAUUCACUGGGGAGAAGCAAGCUAUAGAUAAAUAUGACAAGUUGCUGAAGAUGGCUUAUAGUUCUGGUGUUCAAGAGGGGUUGGCUUCUGGCUUAGGUGUCGGUUUGGCUCUGUUUAUUAUAUUUGGCAGCUAUGGUUUGGCCAUAUGGUUCGGUUCGAAGAUGAUACUGGAAAAGGGAUAUACGGGUGGCCACGUGAUGAACAUAAUGUAUUCAGUCAUGAUAGGUUCCUUGUCUCUUGGGCAGGCGUCUCCAUGCAUGACUGCGUUUGCAGCAGGACAGGCGGCAGGAUUCAAGAUGUUCUCAACAAUCAAGCGGAAGCCAGAGAUAGAUGCAUAUGACGACAGUGGGCGGAAACUGGACGAUGUUCUAGGAGAGAUUGAAUUAAGGGAUGUUUAUUUUAGCUACCCAGCCAGACCUGACGAGCAAAUAUUUGCCGGGUUCUCUCUUUCUAUACCCAGUGGCACCACCACAGCUUUAGUAGGAGAGAGUGGUAGCGGCAAGUCUACUGUGAUCAGCCUGAUAGAGAGGUUUUACGACCCACAAGCUGGUGAAGUACUGAUAGAUGGUAUAAAUCUCAAGGAGUUCCACCUCAGAUGGAUCAGAGGCAAAAUCGGGCUUGUUAGCCAGGAACCGGUGCUGUUUACUUCUAGUAUUAGAGAAAACAUUGCCUACAGUAAGGAUGAUGCAACCAUUGAAGAGAUCAGAGCUGCAGCUGAGCUUGCCAAUGCUGCAAAGUUCAUAGACAAAAUGCCUCAGGGUCUUGACACAAUGGUUGGUGAGCAUGGAACUCAGCUGUCCGGGGGACAGAAGCAGAGAAUCGCCAUAGCCAGAGCAAUUCUAAAAGACCCAAGAAUACUUCUUUUAGACGAAGCCACAAGUGCGCUCGAUGCAGAAUCCGAACGGGUCGUGCAGGAGGCACUAGACAGGAUCAUGAUCAACCGAACCACUGUCAUUGUUGCCCAUAGAUUGAGCACAGUGAGGAAUGCUGAUAUGAUUGCUGUGAUUCAUCAAGGAUUAGUCAUUGAGAAGGGUUCUCAUUCAGAGCUACUCAAGGAUCCAAAUGGAGCAUACUGUCAGCUUAUACGCUUGCAAGAAGUUAACCAGGAGCCAGAACCACAAACUGUAACUGACCCAGACAAAGUGGAAAUUACAUCAGAUUCUGGCAGGCAGUCGAGUCAACGCUUCUCCUUCCGACGAUCUAUAAGCCAGGGAUCAUCCAUUGGAAGCAGCAGCCGCCAUUCAUACUCAGUCCCGUUCGGUUUACCUCCUGCGCUCAGCAUCCAAGAAACCAUGCAACCAGAGCCCAACGGCCCAAUGCCACUGCAGCCAGCACGUGAUGUUCCGCUACGCCGCCUUGCAUAUCUCAAUAAGCCAGAGAUCCCAGUGUUACUGCUUGGUACCAUUGCUGCGGUCAUCCACGGUGUUAUAUUGCCCAUGUUUGGAGUACUCCUUUCUGGUAUAGUUCGGACAUUCUUUGAACCUCCAUCGAAACUUCGGAAGGAUGCCGGAUUUUGGUCGUUGAUGUUUCUUACCCUUGGCUUUGUAUCUUUCGUGGUCUCCCCAUCACAAGCAUACUUCUUUGCUGUAGCUGGCUGCCAUUUGAUAAGAAGGAUUCGGUCGAUGUCGUUUGAAAAGGUGGUGAACAUGGAGAUCACAUGGUUCGAUGAUGCUGAGAACUCAAGUGGUGCAAUCGGUGCAAGGCUAUCGGCUGAUGCAGCGACUGUCCGCCGCCUAGUUGGAGAUUCACUUGCUCUGCUUGUGCAAAACGCUGCGUCAGCUAUAGCUGGUCUGGUCAUUGCUUUUGAAGCAAAUUGGCAAUUAGCAUUGAUAAUCUUAGCCAUGAUACCACUGAUGGGCCUCAACGGGUGGAUCCAAAUGAAAUUCAUCAAGGGAUCUACCGCAAAUGCAAAGAUUAUGUACGAGGAAGCAAGUCAAGUUGCUAGUGAUGCAGUUGGGAGUAUAAGAACAGUCGCUUCUUUUUGUGCGGAAGAGAAGGUCAUGGAACUCUACAAGGAGAAAUGUGAAGGCCCAAUGAAGACUGGAAUAAGGCAAGGGUUGAUUAGUGGAAUUGGUUUCGGGAUCUCCUUUUUCCUGCUGUUUUCUGUCUAUGCAGCAAGUUUCUAUGCAGGUGCCCGGCUAGUCGAUGAUGGGAAGACAACAUUCGCAAAGGUUUUCCGUGUUUUCUUUGCUCUCAGCAUGGCAGCAAUCGGAAUUUCUCAGUCAAGUUCCCUAGCACCUGAUUCUGCCAAAGCAAAGAUUUCUGCAGCUACUAUAUUUGCAAUUCUAGAUCGCAAGUCUCAGAUAGAUCCCAGCGACGACUCCGGAAUCACAUUAGAAGAUGUGAAGGGUGAGAUCGAGUUUAAGCAUGUCAGCUUCAAGUAUCCUAUGAGGCCCGAUGUUCAGGUUUUCCAAGAUCUUUGCCUGGCAGUUCAAUCCGGCAAGACAGUCGCUCUGGUUGGAGAAAGUGGAAGUGGAAAAUCGACGGUGAUCGCGUUGUUGCAGAGAUUCUACGACCCUGAUUCAGGUCACAUUACUCUAGACAGAACAGAAAUUCAAAGGUUUCAGUUGAGGUGGUUGAGGCGACAAAUGGGUCUGGUGAGUCAAGAACCAGUGCUGUUCAAUGACACGAUCAGAGCCAACGUUGCCUAUGGAAAGGAAGGAAAUGUGACUGAAGCAGAGAUUCUGGCUGCCGCCGAGUCUGCAAAUGCCCACAACUUCAUAAGUGGAUUGCAACAGGGCUACGACGCGCUAGUAGGAGAGCGUGGGGUCCAAUUGUCAGGCGGGCAGAAGCAACGUGUGGCGAUCGCACGUGCGAUAGUGAAGGAGCCAAAGGUCUUGUUACUAGACGAGGCGACAAGCGCGCUCGAUGCUGAGUCCGAGCGAGUGGUUCAGGAUGCAUUGGACCGAGUGAUGGUGAACCGGACCACAAUCGUGGUGGCCCACCGGUUGUCCACAAUUAAAGGUGCUGAUCUAAUUGCAGUGGUUAAGAAUGGAGUUAUAGCAGAGAAAGGGAGGCAUGAGACCUUAAUCAAUAUCAAAGAUGGGGUGUAUGCCUCCUUAGUAGCACUUCACAUGAGUGCUUCAUCUUAGUAAUUUUUCGAGUGCAAUUUUUCAGAUAGUUUUGGGUGGUAUGUGUAAUUAGAGAUUCUGAUUCCCCAGGAUCAUUUAUGCAUCCAACUCAUGGGUUUUUGAGGCAGAAAUGUGGGCCCAGAUGGCCCCAUUUUGUCAACGUUUAUUGUUGUCUUUUGUUGAAGCUCUAAACUUUGUUAUUGAUAUUCUACCUUGCGAAGGUUAAGGGGUCGUUUGGAUACAUGUA